CGCCCCACGCUCGGUGCGGGAGGACGCGGGGGCUCGGCCCAGCGGGCCAGCGCGCGGAGUGUGCGUGUCUUGAGCAGGGGGCUGGCUGCUGCGGCCGUGCAGCCGGCCCGGACCCGGCGCUGUUGGGAAGCGCGCUCUCCACUUUCACUGCCUGUGGACCCACUAUGAGGCGCCUGGGCUCGGUGCAGCGCAAGAUGCCGUGUGUGUUUGUGACGGAGGUGAGAGAGGAGCCUUCCACCAAAAGGGAGCAUCAGCCAUUUAAAGUUUUGGCAACUGAAACUAUAAGUCACAAGGCAUUAGAUGCAGAUAUAUACAGUGCAAUUCCAACAGAAAAAGUGGAUGGAACAUGUUGUUAUGUUACUACCUACAAAGGUCAGCCAUACCUUUGGGCUCGGCUAGAUAGAAAACCUAACAAACUAGCUGAGAAAAGAUUUAAAAAUUUUCUACAUUCAAAACAAAACUCAAAAGAAUUUUUUUGGAAUAUUGAGGAGGACUUCAGACCCGUUCCAGAGUGCUGGAUACCAGCAAAGGAAAUAGAACAAUUAAAUGGGAAUCCAAUGCCUGAUGAAAAUGGACACAUUCCUGGUUGGGUACCAGUGGAGAAAAACAACAAACAGUAUUGCUGGCAUUCCUCUGUAGUGAAUUAUGAAUUUGAAAUGGCCCUGGUACUGAGGCAUCAUUCUGAUGAUCCUGGGCUUUUGGAAGUUAGUGCAGUGCCACUCUCAGAUCUCUUAGAACAAACACUGGAGCUUAUAGGAACCAAUAUUAAUGGAAACCCAUAUGGGUUAGGAAGCAAGAAGCAUCCAUUACAUCUUCUUAUACCACAUGGAGCAUUUCAAAUAAGAAAUCUACCUACCUUGAAGCACAAUGAUCUGCUGUCCUGGUUUGAAGGCUGCAGAGAGGGUAAAAUUGAAGGAAUAGUAUGGCAUUGCAGUGAUGGCUGUUUAAUCAAGGUCCACCGCCAUCAUCUUGGUUUAUGCUGGCCAAUCCCAGAUACUUAUAUGAAUUCAAAACCAGUUAUUAUCAACAUGAAUUUGAACAAAUAUGAGUAUGCCUUUGAUCCUAAGUGUCUAUUUAAUCAUUUUUCAAAAAUAGAUAAUCAGAAAUUUGGUAGGCUCAAAGAUAUAAUUCUCAAUGUAUAAAGUGAAAGUGCAAUUAAAAACCAGCUUCAUUGUU